AUGUCGCUAGAAAUGCAAGCUAAUAAAGUCCUCCAUGAGUUGCCAGCUUCUGACGAUAAGUUAGUUGUUCUUCAUCGACUAAAUGUUAUUGUAAAACAAAUGAAUGAAAAUGAAGUCACAGAUCUGGUGCACCAUCAUCGAUUAGAUAACCUCAUUCAAUGCCUAUCAAUCAACGAUAGUAUUAUUGUUGGAGAAUGUGUGCAAAUAUUACAAACGCUUUUCAAUCAAUCUCCGAUCGAUUUCACUUUUCAUCAAUAUAAACAGCCAUUAAUGCUUGGCAUUCUGCAUGAAAUGAGCUGUGUACGUGAAUUAUCCCUAUCUUGCCAUAUUGCUACAAUAAAAGUAGGCUAUAGUGAUCCAGUGAAGGAUUUUGUUAAACUCGUUAUCAAUCAAGGGAUAUCAAAUGAUCUUGUCAAUGUGGCAUCAUUUUCUAUCAAGUCCUUACUUGCCAUAGCGCGUUGUGAGAGUGACGGACUUGAAUUAAUCUUUAAUGAAGAAGUUAUAUCCGAUAUUCAAAGAUUAGAUUGGGAUAACGAUACUUUAAGAUUUCGAAUUUAUGAAUUAUUCAUUAAUAUCUUAUCUAUAUCACAUCGAGCGAUGACACUGUCAAUGAAUACUAGUAUCUUAAAUAAAUUGAUGCAUGAAUUAGAAAGUGAUGAUCCGCUCUUAAGGAUGAAUUGCAUUGAAUUCUUGAUUCAGUUACAGCAAACAACUUUUGGCUGGCAUUAUCUUCAAAGUUUCAAUAUUUUAUACACUCUAAAUAAACUACUUGUCGACUCAGCGAACGACCCACUAUCAUCAUUUAUAGUACCAAGUGAGAUGAUAAUAGAUUUGUACGGUUAUAAUUAUUAUAGCUUAAAAAGAAUAUUGGUAUUCUAUGGUCACUUAACUCACUCCUCAAGUACCGUAAAUUUUAUCGAAGUGAAUGAAAAAUAUCCAACUUUCAUGGAAGUCACAGUGUCUUCCAUCUUAUCUAGAGAUCAAAGUAUAUUAAAUAUCGCUCUCGAUACUUUCGGAGCCAUUGCUUCGUGCAAUCAAGGGCGUCAGUCCUUAUUAAGUAUAUGCAAAGAACAACAAAUCCAUAAGGUCAUGAGCAGAAUAGGCGAAAUAGUUACUACCGAAAACACUUCCACCCGUUUACGAGCUCUGGAUGCCUUAUCUGAAAUUUAUCGUAAUUUUCCAGAUGAAGUACGCCACUGUGCCUGUCUUCAAGACUGGUACGAUGCAUUAAAUCCUUCCGUUGCUUCAAUGCUACAAAAGUUAAGCAAUCAACCAUUUCCAGAUAUUCGAUGUGCCGCUCUAAAAUUAUUAGCAAAUUUAGCACAAUUUGAGUGGACACAAAGAGAUAUUAGUCGUCAGCCGGGCAUGAUUGAAUUCAUAUUAGAUCGCAAAGUUGAGCAAGACAAAUCCUGCUUAGAGGCCAAAUUUGACAUUGUUGUUGUAUUAACUGAAUCUAAAUAUGCGAUUGAGGUCUUUGGUGGCUCUAUGUAUGUAGAAUUGCAGCAACAUGUAAAAGAGGGUCCUUUCUUUGUUCUUGGAGAAGCAAACGUAGCCAUGGAAGCAGAAUAA